AUGGGAACUAUGUCGGUCAUCGCUAGAGGUGUCGUAGUGUCUGAAGGCGACCUGGGGUCUGAAGGUGACCUGGGGUCUGAAGGUGACCUGGGGUCUGAAAGUGACCUGGGGUCUGAAGGUGACCUGGGGUCUGAAGGUGACCUGGGGUCUGAAGGUGACCUGGGGUCUGAAGGUGACCUGGGGUCUGAAGGUGACCUGGGGUCUGAAGGUGACCUGGGGUCUGAAAGUGACCUGGGGUCUGAAGUGGUGGUGUAUGUGACCGUGGCGUCUACACUCUGUCAAGGGCACAGCAACAGUAGCAGUGACGUGGUGGAGACAGAACGCAACAUCGAAGUGAACCCAUCCACGACCGACACCCACUUCGAUGUCGCCUCGUUCUUCAGCACUCCCGUGGCUUCCAACCUCGCGAGCCUGAUCGCCAACGCUGUCAAGAGUCGGAGAAUGGCCGCCAAUAUCACGUCGAAGGGACGACAGGACGAGGUCGAGGAGGACAUUAUUGGCGAGAGUAACAACUCCAGUCUGGUCACCACGACAGAGGAGGACCCGUGGCCCACCACUUCACAUGUACUGGAGACCGAAGAGGGAUUCCAACCCGCGUCUGCUGAUCAAUUUGGGAACCUUGGAGACGGAAGCAAGUUAGUGGACCUACUACCCGACAUCUCCCAAUACUCGCUCGACGCUAGUGGUCUGGUCCCCUUGGCUGGUGCCGGAGCUGUGGCACUCGUGGCACUGGGGGCCAUUCUCGCUGUCCCUGUAGCCCCAAUUAUACUCAGACGAACAGGAAGCAAUGGAUGGGGCGGCCUACCCAGUUGGAAGACCUUGUUCAACUGGUGGAGCUCCCCGGACCCAACAGCUGAAGCCUGGGCCGACAACUACUACCAGGGAUACGGACACGGCGAUGAGUAUCCUUCUGAAGCCUACGUAGGUGCUGGAGAGCCAUACUACAACACCUAUGACACCAGCAGCAGUGGGAGCAGCAUAGACUCCUACUACACCAGCCACAACAACAACAACAACCAACACACAGAGGUUGUAGGACAGCCUGGAGGCCAGGUCCAGAAACACAACCCCACGGCCUACACAAGCAAGGAGAAGGGUUACAACCUCGCCGCAGCCUACCCAAGUAAGGAGAAGGAUCACAACCCCGCCGGCUACCAAAACAAGGGCCACGCCUACCACAACACCAACCCGCCAACCUUUCACAACCACAACCCACCAGCUUACCAGACCCACCACAACCGGCCCAACAGGCGUCAGGGAGACAAGAAAAAGCCCACUGUUGAUGGGUAUGAGUACGUCACUUUGGAACAGAUCAACCGCAUAGGCGACGAGUCUGUCCGAGUUCUGAGCGAACUGGUGAACAACUACGGCAUCAAUGACCUUUACGCCUUCAGAGAUGGAAGCAACCAACUACAGCGUCGCCGCCUUCCUUCCCGCCAACAGCAACCACAACCCAGCCACCAGGAGACGCAAGGUUACGCCCACCAGGAGACGCAAGGCUACCCCAACCAGGAAACGCAAGGCUACUCCAACCAGGAGACGCAAGCUUACGCCCACCAGGAGACGCAAGGCCACUACCAGACGUAUUACGACGAAGCCCCAGAGGAUCACCCGCACAGGGAUACCAUCAGUCUAGUGGAACCCGAAGGAGAUGAGAACGAGAGCAAAGAUGCUUCCAGCGAGCCCCACCCCUACAGGAGGCAUCAAUACAGCUUCGCCGCCUCCACCAGCGAGGUGGCAGGAGCUACCAAGAAGGAGGAAGAGAGUAGCCAGGCUCACAAGGUGUCGGAAUUCCCCUACGAGUUUCACAAGGAGAACUGAAUGCCCUUAUAGACGCAAUCCCGAAUCCUUCCUUAGAGCGAUGGAUGCCGUUUGUGCAUAUUUCUCUCAUCAGCCGAGAGCGUUUUCAGUUGUAAAUAUUGACUUGAAUGUAUAUCUAUUUAUGUAUUUAUUUCACUAUUUAUAAUUUAAUUUAUUUCACUGUUAGUUAAUUUAUUUCACUAUUAGUUAAUUUGUUUCACUGUUAAUUUAUUUCACUGUUACUUUGUUUUACUGUUAGUAAUUUAUUUCACUUAUUUAAUUUAUUUCACAGUUUAUUAACUUAUUUAUCUGUUAAUCUAUUAUAUUUAUUUAUGUAUCAAUUUAAUGCGAUUGAUGACGACCGUCAAGGGAUAUCAUCAAUUAAGUUUACACAAUUUUGUUUCAAUAAAUACUCUUUUUUUUAGCAUUAGUAGCCUAGCCACAGUAAUAUUCUGUAGAUACAUAAAUGUACGAGGCAAAUACAUACAAUAUCAUUAUUAUACACUGUCAUUCACUAUUAUACACUGUCAUUCACUAUUAUACACUGUCAUUCACUAUUAUACAUUGUCAUUAUCCCCAUUCCAAAACAAUAGCCUCCUUUUUCCCCCUUAUACAUUCCCAUACAUUUUUCAUCUGACAUUUUCAUUCCAGACAAGCCUCAACCCUCACAGAUUCCAUAGAGAGAUGUGUGUGUGUGUGUGUUGGUCAAAAUAGUGAUGAUAAUAGUGGUAGUAGUAGUUGACUAGUAUUGGUCAAAAUAGUGGUGGUCAUAGUAGUGGUAGCAGCAGUAGUGCUGACAGUGGUGUUUACUAGUAAAUAGUUUUUUGUA